AUGUGUAACGGGUCACAUUAUCCGGACUCACAGGCUGGCAACCUUGCCCAGUGUGUCUAUGAAUCAGGUAACUCCGUGCUCAAAGACGAUUCAAUAUUGCUGUGGACUCCGAACAAAGAAGAAGCAUGUCGAUUCAUACCCGUCAUGAAGAUGGAAGGUCGUCGCGACUCCAAGGAAUUUGCUCUGUCCUUGCGCGCGAGUGACCGUAUCCAAGGCUGCGGUGCACAGCUGAUCCUCUCCGAUCAGGGCUACGCGAUAGCUCCAGUCACCCUUUCCCCGUUCUACGAGUGCGGACGCCGUCGCGCCUGGAGUCUCAGCACUGUUUCACCAUUCCUGUUCGCUUUAUGCGACAGAACGAGUCUGCUGGCUUUCGCUCUUCAUACGUCACUAGCAACUAGUCCCGCCCUAACAGUUCGCAAUCUGUUAGCUCGUGAGGACAUAUCUGCUACGUUUCUCGGCAACAACCUCGUGCAGCUUCACCGCUACAUGAUGAUUCCUUCACGCAAUUUCCAGCUCGUCCCCUUCAAUGGUACUUGCUUCACUAAGCCUCCAAUCAAAUCUCUCCCCCUAGCGGACCUGCUAUUUUUUUUCUUUCUUGGAUCCUUCUUUGGUGGUAUCUCAUGA